GCUGUUGACUCGAACAUUCCUUCAGCCGCCUCCGAUCAGCUUCGUCUGCGUCGCGUUAAAUUCGUCACUGUCACGUGAAAUCUGUCGUUAAAGCUACUUCACCACUUAGAUUUUACGCAUCUUUUGUUAAACAACGUUAGAAAAUGAGUGACAACGAGAAAGAGUUCAGGGAGCAGGUUGAGGUUGGAAGAAAGAAAAAGGCGGAAGACGAUUUCAGAUGCGAAGUUGUUUUGUUUGACGCUGAUGGUGUUGAUGCAUGCUAAUGUGUUGGAUGCUGAAAAGAAGCGAUCAAGAUCUGUCCCCACUACUAGUGUUGUAAUGGCAGAUGAUAAAUGGGGGAAGAGGAGGAAAAAAGAAGUCAUAAUGUCAAAGAGAAGAAAGAAGAAAUGAAGGGUUGUUGUUGAAGUAAUGAAGUUACAGAAGUAAUGAAGUUAAGAUCAGAAGUUUACCAGGGACUCUCGGCCCGGCUCGAGGAGUGCAUCCCCUCGGGGCUCUGCCAAGUCAACCAGCCACUCGCCAGCACGCUCCAAAGAUGGCUCCCGCCAUUCCAGGUCCAGGUCUCGUUCGCGAUCUAGAUCCAAAUCUAGGUCCCGGUCCCACCGGAGCUCACGCAGGCACUACUCCCGCUCUCGUUCCCGCUCUCGUAGACGCGGCUCCAGGAGCAGAUCUCGUAGCGGGGAGUAUCGUCACCGGAGGAGCCAUAGCCGAUCCCCCAUGUCAAACCGACGCAGACACAUUGGCCAACCCUGAUCCCAACAGCUGUCUGGGUGUGUUUGGACUGAGCCUCUACACCACUGAGAGAGAUCUGAGGGAUGUUUUCUCUAAAUAUGGCCCCUUGAGUGACGUCAACAUUGUGUACGACCAACAGUCGCGUCGUUCGCGAGGCUUUGCCUUUGUCUACUUUGAAAAUCGUGAAGACUCUAAUGAGGCGAAGGAGCGUGCUAAUGGAAUGGAGCUCGAUGGACGCAGGAUCCGAGUGGAUUUCUCCAUUACUAAACGAGCCCACACCCCCACCCCUGGAAUCUACAUGGGGCGUCCCACAUAUGGUGGUGGUGGAGGCGGAGGCAGUGGCAGCGGCAGCGGAAGCAGCAGUAGUGGUGGUUCGUCACGGCGCGUCUCAAGGGACUAUGACAGGGGCUACGACAGAGGCUAUGAUAGAGGUUACGACCGAGACUAUGAUCGUUAUGAGGACAGAGAGUACAGAUCAUACAGACGCAGAUCUCCAUCUCCUUACUACAGCAGGGGCUACCGCUCUCGAUCCCGGUCCCGGUCCUACUCACCUCGUCACUACUGAGCUGCACGAGAGGAGUCGACAGGUUCAAUGUUAUUGCUUGUUUCUUUGUACGUUUUUUUGUUGUUGUUUAUCUACCAGAUUAUUCAUGAUAUUGGAAUGCUCGAUUUGCUUUUGUAUUGAAAGUGAAAUAGAAUUGUCCUGAAAUGCAGUCUGUCAGAGAACCACAGCGUUGGUGAUGAUUUAAUCAAAAUCAACACAAUUGUUUAAGAUUAAUAAGAAGUCCUUUAUUAGUCCCACAAUGGGGAAAUUUACAGUGUUACAGCAGCAAGAAUCAAAAUACAUCAGCAAGUUAUAAGUGACAAGUAACUUGCGAUAAUUUAGUGUCAAGAAGAUAGAAAAUAUAUAGAAACAUAUGAAUGUAAUUAAACUAGUUUGGAAGAAAUGAUGAAAAAAGUGUUUUAAAAUUGAACGGGUGAAAAUUGCAAUUCUCCAGAUCUGCUUAAAAUACUUUUAAACAAGCAAAGUUUUGGCUUGUUUAUGAUUGAUUAGCUCGACAGACUUACUUUCUUACAUUAGAAGAAUUUUCGGUGUAAGUUAAACCACAUGUUCUCUUUCUGCUGUUUGUAUGUAGCUGAUUUCUGAAGUAGUUUGAUCAGUGAUGUGUUUUAAACACUCAUUUUCUCUCUUUAUAAUGGGAAUUACUUUUGGGGAGGGUUGUAAAUAAGCAAAACAAACUCAGUUGCUCUGUUUAUUAAUUGUAGUAACAUGUAAUGUCCGCUUUGCCCAGUGGAUUUAGAAGCAAGAACGCUUCCAGUGAUGUAACAUGAAGUCCUAUCAAACAUUUUAAGUUUUUUCCCCUUGACAAAUAAAAAUUACUGGUUUGAA